CAAAAAGGUUUCGUCGCUGCGUCUCAGACAGUCAGUCGGGCAACAGAGUUGAAACUCUUUACAUUGAGCUCAGUUGUUCUUGAAAUUUGUUUACAUAUUCCAUAAUUUUACUCAUUUUUGCUAAAGAAAUCAAUCAAGUUUCAGCCAAGAUGUCGGAGCUGGAUCCGUUGUGCGGCUACACCGAAGCAGAGUCGGGGGCGAGGGCGCCAACUUUCAAUCACUACAACCGCAUGAAGAAAAGCCUCUCCGGUCGUCGUAAUUGCAAAAUAAUCACUUUCAGUACUGUUAUGGUGACCAUUAGUUUGAUCGUUGCCGCAGUCUAUGUAUUAGUAGUUGAUGACGGUCCGGAUGAUGUGGUCCCUGUAACGGACAUUCCAAAUGCGCUAAUAGAUCCCGAUCAACCGCUUCUUCAGGUCUCUUUCCCCAUUAAAAGAGGUCGUUCGAGAGAGUUCAGGAAAAUAGAUACGGCUUCUUGGGAACCGUCGACGACGUCACCGUCCAUUGACAUGGACUUGCUAAAAGAAUGUAACACUCGGGGUUGGAAUGAAAUGAACCGUCGCAAUAUGAUGGAGAAGACUUUGGUCGAGCCUGAAGGCCCGGCUUUUUACCACCAAAUGUCAACGGCGCUAAACGAAGAAGCGGUGGACUGGAUCCAAUCGGGUGUCAUGGCCGAAGCCACUUUGCGUUGCCUCAUAGAGAAACAGGUGGACUUGGAAGAGCUGAAGAAAUCCGACUGGCGUUACCUACAGAAACAAUGGCCGCAAUGUCAGGAAGGCCAGUCACCUUUUGGCGAAUUUAAAUGUUCGGCCAAAGAUCGAUUCCGCUGGAUGGACGGAAAGUGUAACAAUCUCCAGAACCAGCAUUGGGGUUCCGCCCUGCAGCCAUUCCGCCGCAUAUUGCCGGCCGAGUACGAAGACGGAUUCUCCGUACCCAAACCUUCUUUCCCGACCGGAAUCCAUCCGCCUGGCCGUCAGGUCAGCAUUUGCAUGCAAAACGCCACCAAUCAAUUGGACGAGCCGAGACUGUCGAUGCUUUUCGUUCAUUUCGCUCAUUUCCUCGAUCACGACAUGAGCAACAUCGCCGCUUACAAAGGUGCUAACCGUAGUGCCAUUCCGUGCUGCGGACCCGUUGAAUCACGUCAUCCGGAAUGUUUCGCUCUGGAACUCAAGAGUAACGAUCCGUUUUACAAGGAGAAAGGUCUCAUGUGCAUGGACUUUGUUCGCUCUGCCCCGGCACCUCAAUGCCAAAUUGGUGUGCGAGAACAGAUGAAUCAAGCCAGUAGCUACAUUGACUUGUCCAACGUUUAUUCGACAACGGAAAAGGACGAACACGGACUUCGGGAUAUCGACGGCGGUUAUCUGAAAUCGCCUACGGAGCCGGAUGGUCGUUACAUGUUGCUGCGAUCCAAAAAACUCAGCGACGGCUGUAACACCCCUGAAAUGUUGGAAGCCAACACGCCCUGCUUCGUUUCAGGUGAUCAGCGAGUGAACGAAUUCAUCGGAUUAACGAAUAUGAAUCAGAUUUGGAUGCGUGAGCACAACCGCGUCACUGAUUUCUUCAUCAAAAUCAAUGACCAUUGGAGCGACGAGCGCCUCUACCAAGAAACCCGACGCAUCGUCAUUGCUGAAAUGCAGCACGUCGUCUACAACGAAUUCGUUCCGCUUUUGAUCGGUGAGAAGCUGACCAAGUCGCUGGAGUUGAGCCCGUUGAAGGAAGGUUAUUUUCACGGAUACGAUGACACCCUCGAUGCCGGAGUGGCCAAUUCGUUCGCUUCAGCCGCUUUCCGGUUCUAUCACAGCAUGGUCAAGGAUGUUGUGGCCUUUGAGAAAACUGGAUCCGGAGUCACCGAGUUUUCUCCAUUGCACACCAUGUUGUACAAUCCGUUUUCACUGUGGCAAUUUGGUAAAAAUGACGAACUGAUCCGCGGGAGUGCGGCGCAAAACCCCAGGCCCAUUCACACUUCGUUUUCGGCGGAAGUGGCUAAUCAUCUGUUCCAACGAGACAACGCCUCUUUCGGUUUCGAUCUCUUUGCUUUGAACAUCCAGCGCGGAAGAGAUCACGGUCUGCCGCCUUACUACAAGUGGCGCGAAGUUUGUAACUUGCCGCCGACCAACAACUUCACCCAGAUGAAGGAAUUCUUCCGUCCGCAUUCCCUCGAGCUCAUUCAGCGCUUUUACGUGGAUGCCACACAUUUGGAUCUGUUCACUGGAAUGUUGGCAGAGAAUCCGUUGGCCGAUGGGCUCCUUGGGCCGAUGGCCAGCUGCAUCAUUGCCGACCAGUUUGUCCGAGCGAAAAGAGGCGAUCGUUUUUGGUAUGAAACCUCCGAUCCGCUGCUUCGCUUCACUCCAGAGCAAUUGGCUUCCAUACGUGAUGUGACCCUGGCCCGAGUUCUCUGCGAUAAUGGUGACGCGUUGGAUUUAAUCCAAGAUCGAGCUCUAGAGGCCGUCAGCGAAACAAAUCCACGCAAGCACUGCUCCGGCUAUCAAAUUCCUCGUCUCGAUCUCACACGCUGGCACGAAGCCAAACCGGAGGGUCUCAAACAUUAAAUGUUUCUUAGCGGGUUUACACACACACACACACACACACCCAUCCAGUUGGUUAUUAUCCGGUUUUGCAUACGAGAGAGAUAACAGCAUUUUCACUCUUCAGUCCACCCGAGUCUCAACAUCUUUAAAUAACAUAUCCAACGCGUAGUUUUUUUUUAAUUUUAUUUUCCAGUGAAAAAAGAAUCUUUAAAACAAAAAAUACUCAAUUUCCCAAAUCUAAAAUAUCGAAAGGCGGCUGCUGGAUGGAAAUAAAAACCAGUUCACACAGAUGCUGGGCAUAUAGUCGUUUGUUUCAAUCAUCCAGAUAAGCAUCGUGCGUGUUAUUUUCUCUGUUUUAACGGGGGCUGUUCCCAUCGUUGUCAGCGGAAUACAAAGCUCGUGGAAUCAGUUGA